GACAUUGACCAAUCAGGUUGAUGGGUAAUGAACCACGACCGCGCGCUAAGUUCUUGCGACAGUAAUUUUGUCAUACAUUCGCGGGAGAACAGCUUUGCCAGCAACUAUUUAAAUUUAUGGCAUUUAUUUGAGGUACUUGGCAUGCGGUAGCUGCGUGUUAUUAGUACAACCUUCACAGUUUGUUGGCUGCACACUACUAGACAGUUUCCUAGCUAGCUAGACAGCUAACGUUAACAACAUAACUGGCAAACUUUUUGCAAGAGGUCUGUCGUUUUGAUCCAAAGUAUCUAAUAUGGCAACUAUGUGUCACUCAAGACGUGCCCUGAUGGAAAUCCCAGCACCACAGCCGAAAAUUGCAGCUCGAAUGAGAAGGUCCUACCUGGAGGUUCUAAGUUCACGCAUAGCUCCAUUCUCAACCACUUCUAGAGGCAGAAACCUGACCAGCAAUUCAAAACGUGGGCAUUCAUUGGACCCAGCCAUAUACAGAACAGUGAGUAGUCGGAGUGAGGCCCAAAGUGAAAGAAUGGAAGACGACCAGACACCCCUGUCCAACCAGCAGCUUGUGCAGCUCAUAAGAUCUUUCAUCCUAGUAGAACAGGGGCAGAGGCAGGAGCCCAGAGCCCUCACUACAGACCUGAAGCCGUUACAGGAGGACUUGCACCUGAAAAAGACCAAUGUCUACAGAUCUAUACCCUACUCACGGCUGGGGUCCAACCGAGACGCACACUGUUACAGAAAGGCAUAUCCACACCUGGUGGUGUUUAAAGUUUCCUGCCAGGAGUGGGGUCAGCUGCUGCUGCAGAAUGAGGAGUGGGAGUCUGCUCUGGAGCACGCCCUAGUGGCGUGGAGGUACACCAGUGAGCUGCCACAGUGGGACACCAGCAGCCACAACUUGGUGAGGGAACAGUGUUACAGCAUGCUGGCAGCCCACUGCAUCACAGCUCUACAGCACUACUGCCCAGACCCCAGCAAAGCCAUAGAGCUGCACAGGAGGUUUAAAAUGGCACAGCUGCACAGUCAGUUGAUCUCUCCUUGUAUUCAGGAGCUGGAGAGAAGCCUCGGCGAAGCACAGGUUUGUUCCAUGAACACCCACUGAAAUGGCCAACACUAAGAUCAGCUGACAACCAUCAGCACGGCUUCCAAGUCUAUGGGGUUGCACUAUUGAACAGCGUAUAUCAGUGGUUGCCAUUCAAUUAUGUUUGGUAUCCUUGCCUUGUGUUGCGCUAUUCCCCCUUGCCUUGUGUUGCGCUAUUCCCCCUUGCCUUGUGUUGCGCUAUUCCCCCUUGCCUUGUGUUGCGCUAUUCCCCCUUGCCUUGUGUUGCGCUAUUCCCCCUUGCCUUGUGUUGCGCUAUUCCCCCAUGCCUUGUGUUGCGCUAUUCCCCCAUGCCUUGUGUUGCGCUAUUCCCCCUUGCCUUGUGUUGCGCUAUUCCCCCUUGCCUUGUGUUGCGCUAUUCCCCCUUGCCUUGUGUUGCGCUAUUCCCCCUUGCCUUGUGUUGCGCUAUUCCCCCAUGCCUUGUGUUGCGCUAUUCCCCCUUGCCUUGUGUUGCGCUAUUCCCCCUUGCCUUGUGUUGCGCUAUUCCCCCUUGCCUUGUGUUGCGCUAUUCCCCCAUGCCUUGUGUUGCGCUAUUCCCCCAUGCCUUGUGUUGCGCUAUUCCCCCAUGCCUUGAGUUGCGCUAUUCCCCCAUGCCUUGUGUUGCGCUAUUCCCCCAUGCCUUGUGUUGCGCUAUUCCCCCAUGCCUUGUGUUGCGCUAUUCCCCCUUGCCUUGUGUUGCGCUAUUCCCCCAUGCCUUGUGUUGCGCUAUUCCCCCAUGCCUUGUGUUGCGCUAUUCCCCCUUGCCUUGUGUUGCGCUAUUCCCCCUUGCCUACAGUAUUCCCUCAGAGUAAAUACAAGAGAGCUUUGAAUUUUGGUAAGCUGUUUUUUAAAUGUGCAUUUAAGCUUUUUGUAUUUAAGUUGUUUUGUAAAAUGUGUUUAUUGCCAUUGAACUAUUGAAUGUUGAAUGUUAUCACAAGGAAAUGAUGAAGUGGCCUUUAAAAUGUGAAAGGCUGUCAGAGAAAUGAUGAACUGUCCUUUUCACCAAGAUGUUUUAUAUGUAGGGGAUGUUUUUGUGGAUGUGUUGAAAAAUGCCACGAUACAUGAAACAGCUGCCUUAUUUCAACUUGGCUGAAUGCUACCUGUUUUGUAAAUAUUUGUCUAAAGUAACUGUUUUGCACUGUUUUCUUCAUCCUGGAAACUUGACAUUUUGAUAAAAUCAAAUCUAAUUUAAUAAAAUUCUACUUAGUUUUUCGACAUUGA